UUGCACCCAACCCUGUUCCGGCCCGGCUUUCUGCCGCCGGUCGGACCCCGGCUCCGGCGCCUGAAGGGCAAAGGCCGGCCGCCGGGCACUGCAUGCGUCGUUGGUCGGACAAGGGUCAUGUCCACCGCGAUGCCAAAGAGGGUCUGCAUCGUUGGUGCCGGCCCUUCCGGGCUCGUGGCUGCCAAGUCGCUGCUCCACGAUGCUCCCAGGGGCACUUUUGACGUGACUUUGUUCGACGGCCAGUCCUCGGUUGGCGGCCUGUGGCCCGUAAACGAGAAGGACAACAGCCGCCUAGUCCACCCACGCAUGGUGACCAACCAGAGCAGACAUACUGUCCAGUUCAGUGACUUCCCCUGGCCGCAAGACUCACUUCAGCUGCCCCGCGCAUGGCAGGUUGGCGAAUAUCUUGCGAAAUAUGCGCAGGCCUACUGCUCCGACGCGAAGCUCGUCCUUGAGACUCGCGUCGAAGAAGCAGAGCCCGUGUCGAAUCCCAGCAACGGUUCGACUCCGGCUUGGCGGGUAAAGACCCGGUCCCGUCAGGGGGAGACAAAGGAGGAGAUCUAUGACUAUCUGUUGAUUGCAUCGGGCUUCUUUGGCCAGCCCAGUUCCCCACCAGCAAUCCAUGGAGAUCACAAGGUCCCGGUUAUUCACAGCAGCCAAUACCGCGAUCUAAACGGCCUUGUUGGCAAAUCCAACGGAUCCGGGGGCAAGAUCCUUGUUGUCGGAGGCCAGAUGUCCGGAGUCGAGAUCGCGGCCACAAUCGCAAUCCACCUCUCUUCAGCUGUAAACUCCCCCGGACCAAGCCCAAUACCGAACGCUGCCAAUUUCACCAUCCACCACAUCAUCCAACGGCCUGUGUGGGUGUUCCCGCUACACACUUCCCCAAAGCCGACCUCGUGUUCGCCCCCGUUUCUGCCUCUGGAUCUGGGGUCAUAUAACCUCUCUAACAGGGUUCGGCCCCUGACCAACACACAAGGACACAUCUCUCUGGAAACGGCAAAGGUUGUCCAUUCCAUCUAUCUGACUGCGAUGGGGUGCGAUCAGUCAAUGUUCUCGCCGGCGGUCGCAGUCUCAACGCCCCAUACUGAAAACCCGCCAUGGCUUGCCGUUAGCGAUUACUACUUGGAUUUCGUCCGGUCCGGCCUCAUAACCGUGUCACAUGGCAAACUGGACUCCCUAUGCGGCCGGGAAGCCACCGUCUCGCCUUCAAAUGAUAGGGUUACCGACAUUGCGGCCGUAGUGUGCGCCACAGGCUUUGAGGCGGAUCCCUCUAUCGACUUCCUUCCAAAGUCUGUGCGGGAGGCCUUGUCCGUGAACCCGUCUGACCUGAAGAACACGGUUGCGCUCGCAUUCCAUGGCACCUACCAUCCAAAUGUUCCGAACCUUGGCUUUGUCGGAUUCUACCGGUCACCUUACUGGGGAGUGAUGGAGAUGCAGGCUCGCUUCAUCACCGCCCUUUGGGCAGCCGGCGGCCCAUCCUCGCCCACGUUGCCGCCAACAAUGAAAGAGGCUCUCAGCAGAGACACUUCGAUCGAACGGACAAUCAGCAUCCGCACGGAUCCCCGGGCAUCUCAGUUCCCCAUGGGCGACUAUCCCUGGCUCAUCCAGGAAUUCGCUACAGCUUUAGGGUUAGAAUUGUCGCCGCAUCUGGGAGAAAUGCCGAGGCUGCCCCCAGCAGGCAAGGAGAUGGACAUCCUGACACCGGCUCGGUAUCGAGCGGAAGGCGUGACUGACAAUCAGCGAGCCCAUAUUGUCCAAAACCUCCAGGCAACCGAGGCUACCGCGUGGGCGGGUCUCACCUCCGGCAAGUUCGUAUCCAGAGCAGUCUUCCGUUCUCUCCUGGGCGAGUGGAAGCUCGAGAGGGAAAUCGUGAGCAAGCUUCCCAGCCAUCCCAGCGGCCACUUCAGCGGGACAGCCAGGUUUUUGCUCCGCGAGGGCACACGAGAUGGUCGUGAAUCUGAGUUUGACGCCCUGGUCAAAAGGGAUGGCGACCCAGGACUAGAGUACCUCUACAUCGAGGAGGGCGACUUCAAGGCGUCGAACGGCUUGACCUUCCGCGCUACGCGGCGCUACGUGUGGCGCUACAAUGAGAGAAAGGACAAGCUGAGCGUGUGGUUUGUGAGGACGGACGACCAGAUGAGGGCCGACUACCUCUUUCACGAGGUCGAGCUCUUGGUUCCCGACGUAUCGGAGCAGGACGCUGACAAUGGCAAGGGCUGGGAGGCCACGGCGGGCCACUUGUGCGUGGAGGACUUCUAUGAUGUCAAGUACCACUUCAACUUCAAGGCCGUCAACCUGUGGGACUGGCGGCUGGCCUACACGGUCAAGGGGCCGAAGAAGGAUUACAACAUUGACGGGCUGUAUCAACGGUAGAACUGGCUUGAGUACCUAGCCGAUAGAGUUAGAGAU